AUGGAAUAUCAAAUCCAACAACAACAACAACAACAACAAAUGAAACCAAUGUCAUAUUUUGAAAGUGAUUUUUAUAGAAAGUCACAGACUUAUCCUCAUCCAUUCCAAACUGAUCCAAGUGCCAUUCUUGCUAAUUUCAAGGGUUACAAUCUAGCUUCCUAUGGAUACUAUAGUACUCCAUCGCAAUCUACUACAGUAUCAUAUCCAUCACAUUUAAAGUCAUCCAAUGACAAUAAUACUAUAUUUAACUUUAUUGGAAAUGCUACCUGCGCCGCCGGCGGUUCUUCUGUACUCCCACCAUACCCAUUUGAGAACAACAACAACAAGUCAAGAUCAUCAUCUUCACCAACUCGUUUCAUUGUUCCAUCUCCAACUCACCAAACAUCUUAUAAUAGCUAUUGUUACCCUUCUGAUGCUCAAUCUGUGCCAUCCCCAACCUCAUCAUAUACCUCUUCAAGUGCACCAGCCUCACCAGUAUCAUCGCCUAUCCUCAGCAUGCCACAAGAAUGCAAGCUUGGAUCAAAGUGUGUACUCUGUGAGCGUGGCCAACCACCCAUUUUGCUCAAGACCCCCACUUGGGCCUCGAUCAUGAAGGUCGUCUUUUACACGCUGUCUGCAGCCUACCCAGAGAAGGAAUACUUUAGUCUCAAGACCGACGUCUACGAGUUUAUGACCUCGCACUGGGACCGUCUCUACAUGAACAAGAAAAAGUCAGACAACUGGAGAAAGCAAGUACAAGACAUGCUCAGUCACUCCAAGAAUGUAUUCGAGAGUGGCAUGGACAAGAUCAAACAAAAUGGAUUCUGGAAACUCAAGACUUGCACCGACCCAUGGCAAAUCCGCCAACUACCCUCCUCGUCGCCCGUCCAACAAUCUCAAGAGACUCCAAGAUCUCCGGAAUCCAAAAAGAGAUCGGUCGAAGACUACUCUUCAGAGAGUGAUGAUUUGUUUGAUGAGUCUCGUUUAUUAUGUUCACCAAAAAAGAGAUCCGUCGCCAUCGUCGACCAAACUACUAGUGAAUUUGUACAAACCGCUCAAGAACCAUUGGUAGAAGAAAUCAAAGUGAUGCGUGAACAAGUAGCCAAGUUGUCAAGCCAUAUUCAAGAGAUUCGUCAAAAGUUAAAUGACUCUCCCAAUGAAAUGCAAGGUGAUUCUAUCGAAUUGGAGUUGAUCAAUGAACAAGCUCAAUUACAAUUCAAAUUGAUCCAAGAGAAACUUUUGGAUAUUGACAAGAAGGAAAAGGCACUCAAUGAUAUUGUCAAACAACAACAACAACAACAACAAAGAUCGAAUUCAUCCAACAAUUUGUUAAUGAUGACAACUGUCACCAUACCAUCACCCAUUUCACUUCAAGGUCAACAACCAUUAAAUAGAAGUAGUGGUUCUCUUUUGGAUCUUCUCCAUACCUCCAACAAUGAAAAUAAUGAUUAUACAUUUGAUCAAUCUUUUAAUUGGUCAAGUCCAAAACAAUCAUCUGUUAAAUUAAAUUAA